AUGAGCAGUGCUGCCGGCCUGCCGGGUGCACACGAUGAACGACGGCUCUUCGAACAUUUCGUCAUUGCUGGAUUGGCCGACAAUAAACCACUGGAACGUCUAACACCGUCUUCUGAAGAAUGCGGCCUUCGAAAUACACAACCUCUGGCUCCAAUUACAGAUAUUGCUGUAAUUUUUCCGAGUCUUGGAGAGAAACCUCCCGAUGGCUUCGAAGUCAUCGAAACAACUACUUUGGGCUACCCGGCUGACCUGAACCAUGGCUCAAUUAUGGCUCAAAAAUCGUGUUUUCUAUGCUUCCGACGUGGCUACCAUAAGGCUCCACUAGUGGAUAUUGGAAUAUUGGACGAGGGACGAGGGGAUAAGCCAAUGGUUGAUUCGAAUGUAGUGCAGACAACACCGUUUGGAAGGUCUGCAAAUGUUAAUAAUGCGUCACAGGGAAUCUUCCUAACCUACCGUCGUGCUCCACCCAACUCCUCCCAAUCCCAAUUCGUGGUAACAGACAUAAAAGUGAUUCUGGCGAACAAAGGAGAGAUUCCACCCCAUACAUACUACAAAAUAACCAAAAAUCUGAAUAAAGGACUCGUCGGCUCGGACGUCUUCAUUUGUUAUAAAAAAUCACAGGGAACUGCGAAGAGGUUGGCUUAUAAGCCGGCGGUUCUGGAUUAUUUCCCUCGUUCGGACUAUUCGGAGGAGAUGGAGGACUUCAAAUUGGCUCAGAAUGUAGCUAUGUUCUGUCUUCCGAUGGGUGCACUCAUAGAGUGUUGGCCGACGAAGUGCGCUCCACCGGACAGGAGUUUUUCCACUUUUGUGCUUACUGAUGAGAUUUUUUCAAAAAAUUUUUUCGUUUUUCAGAACGGCACCAAAUUCUACGGAUCGGCAGUGACGUUCUACGAGAAGUACACCAAAGAGCUAACCGAAGAUCAGCUGGAGAAUUUGGAUUUGAGAUGUGGUGGAGAGUUGGAGCACGAGGGAGGCACAGUUGGCGACUCGAACAGUAAUAAUGACCCCGCUGAGAUGAUAGAAAUUUCAAUUUUUCUCUUUAAUUUCCCCUAUUUCCAGGUCCUCUUCUACAAAAACAUCUCAAUAUGUUUGAUCUCUCGUUUCCCAUUUUUCAACUCCUUCAAACGAUUUCUCUAUUUUCUCCAUCGAAUGUCCUACACCCCGGAUUGCACGCAUCCAGUACCCAUAGAACGAUAUAUUUCGCAUUUGAUGUACGAAGUGUCGUUCCCCACACCUCGCCGUCCACGUGUCUUCAUGCAGUUGGGAGCUGAAAAUAUCAGUUUCGACUCGCAUGAUGAUAGUCAGCUACCCCUAAACGGUGCUCAGCUACUAGACACACUUAAAUACUUGGGAAGUGAUAAUUUGAUGUAUUUAAUGCUGUUGGCACUGUUGGAACAGAAAAUAUUGAUACACAGUUUGAGACCCUGGAUGUUAGCCGCUGUCGCCGAAUCAGUGUGCGCUCUAAUGUUCCCAUUCCAUUGGCAAUGUCCCUACAUCCCCCAGUGCCCUCUAGGCCUCGCCGGCGUCCUUCACGCCCCACUACCAUUCAUCGCUGGCGUCGAUUCCCGCUACUUUGAGCUCUAUGAAGACCCGCCAGAUGACGUGACAUGCUUCGAUUUGGACACCUCCACCAUUAGCUUCUCAUCGGUUCGAGCCAAUUUUAAGAUCUCUAUGCUCCCGAAAAAGCCAGCUAAACAGCUAAAAACAACGCUGGAGGAUGUGUUUGCGAAGCUCCAACAGCUGGAUUACUCAUCGAAUGAAGGAAAGACAGAAGGAGGAUUUAUUCCGGUUGAUCAAGACUUGAAAAAGCAACAAAAACGGAGGGAAUACGAAAAUGCGAUACACGACGCAUUUUUGAAGUUCAUCGCUUCGAUUAUGAAGGGAUAUCAGGCAUUCUUGAGACCUAUAAAGAGUGCUCCAGCCAGUGCACACGCCACGGAUACUGGGAAUCUUUUUGAUUUGGAUGGAUUUUUGAGAUCCCGCGAUCGGUCGUCAGCGGAUUUCUACAAGCGAUUCUCGGAAACCCAAUCGUUUAUGCGAUUUAUAGAGGAACGAAGUUUUGUAUCGGAUAAAAAUACGUAUAAUGCGUUUUUUGAUGAUUGCAUCAUCAAAUUGACGAGUGCUGUAGAAGACGGCCGAGACAUCAAUGAGAUUCAACUUCUGGAGCCGGACACAUCGCACAGCCAUACUACGUUAAUUGGCCAAUUAAUUAACUAUUCUGACACCAAAAGCUUUUUGAAUUUUUUUUUAUUCCAAAAAUUUCAGGUUUUCAUUCCUGCACCGGAACCAUUUGUGAACCAAGAAACCGGAGAGGAAAUGCAAUUUGUCUAUGGGGAAUUCCCCACAAAAAUGAACAGUGGGUAUUUCCAAUUGGAUCGAUUGGAGAAGAGUGGGAAGGAUGGGGAGAAGCGAUCUGGCGGGAAAUUUGAAUUUUUGAAAAAUUCAAAAAACUCGGAAAAAUGCGAUUUUUCAGAAGCCUCCCGAUGCUCGGCAGUUCGAACGAAACCCGAAACGAGAUCAUCGUUGCUGGCGGCGACGAACGCCGUCAAGACGAAUCCGCUACAUUGGUCCAAAACGCUUCUCUUCUACUCGUACACCCUUUGGUUCAUGCAGCUGGACAGUCUCCUAACCGCCGCUCCGAACAAGAAGAAGAUCCUCCGUCUCGCGUUCAACGUUCUGGAUCGAAUGGAAAAGACCGAAAUCUUCCCCCUGGAUCAAGUGUGCUACCGUAUCCUCAUCGAGCUCUGCGGCAAAUAUAAUCAACCGGAAAUGGCUGUUAAAGUGAUGAGAGCCAUGCAGAGGGCGGGGCUGGAACAGAACGCCGUCACCUAUGGAAUCUAUCAUCGUGCUGUGAUGGAUGCCACGUGGCCGACGCCAGCGAGAACCCGCGCUAUCAAAAUGUGGACGAUUCUGAAGAUCGUGGUGACGGGAGCAGAGGCAAUGAGGAAAUGGGCGAAUGUGGAAAGAAGGCCCCUGUCAGAAGAGCGGCCGAAAACGCCUUCUGAAGAAGGCGUGGUCACUGAGAUUACUGUAGACUAUCAAAUCACGUCGUAUCCAUUGGAAGAUACUGAGGAGCAGCAAAAGGAGCGAAAUGAACAAAAGAAGAGCUCCAUUUCUAGUGAAAUUAUGGACCCUCUAGGAGCCAUGGGCGGCCUAGAAGCGCUGGAAAGAGACAAGACGAGAGAUCAGCGGUCAAAAUCGCUUGGAAAAAUCGGAAUGUCCCCAUCGCGAGCGAAAUUCUUUGCUGACCAUGCAACUCUACCGUUUUCCAAUGAAAAUACACCUAAAUCGGAUAAAAAAGCGGAGAAAAGUGGAUGGUUUAAAGGAAUCGCGAAUAGUCCGAUGUUUAAGAUGAUUAAGAGCACCACUUUUGAUUCCUCACCAAAACCCACCUCGACUGAUAGCAGUGAUGCUGGCUCCAUCACCAGCGGCGCGUCUCCAUCAUUCCAUUCAGUUGUCAAUCACUUCAAGAAGGGAUACGACGACGUGAUGCCUUCCAGAUUCCGCCUAGGCGUCUCCACACUUUUGAACAAAUCCGUCGGCGCAAUGGGCAGUGGAAUGAUCUAUUCAGAUGAUAAGGGAGCGUCACUGGAGAAUCCAUUCUUUGUGAAUAACAAGGAUCCAGCAUACAUCCUGGAUUCUGGAAGUCCGUGUUGUCUUCUAAGAGAGGAGUACUGGAUGAGAGAGGUGUAUUUACAGCUGAAACGGAGUCGAGAGAGAAUGGAGAAAGGACAAAAGACAGAUUCAGAAGACGUCACGACUUCUGAAUCCCUCCCAUUCUCCUCCAAAUCCCCUGGGAAGCUAGAAGUGAUUCUUUGCACUGCCACACACUGUCCAUCGUGUCAAACUAUGGUCUAUGAUGAGGAAAUAAUGGCUGGAUGGAAAGUGGAUGAUCAGAACUUGAACACGAUUUGUCCACAUUGCUCAGGCAACGUCCAAGGAGCAACGGAUGCGGUGGCGAGCCCUGAGAAUCUGGAGAGCGUCUUCGCGCCGAGAUUGAAAGUCAGAAUGCGUUGGAUUGAGGAGAUGAGGAAUAGUUGGUAUCAACCGGGAGGGCUGCAGGAAAGUAGGAAUACGACUCCCGAAAAAACCCCUCCACCAUCUGAAACCUGUCUAGAAGUAGCCUUCGUGAGCCCUCUGGUCCUCCGCCGCGAACUGGAAACCAUCCUGACCUCCGACAAGGACGCCAUGAAGAACGAAUCAAUCCGAACGACGCAUCCAGUUGUCUUCUGGAACCUCAUCUACUACCUCCGACGUCUCUCCCUGCCAUCUCAUGUAUUCUCAUGGAUAUCCGAAAGACAUCAUAUCAGAUGUGUAUUCGAUAUUCCGACGGCACACGACGACGCCAGAAUGCCCCUCUACUUCUUCAACCCGAAUCACGAUGGAGAUCCGAUUUUUGGGAAUUACAAUCGAAAGAUUUUGAGACAGACCGAGGAUGGAAAAGAGACGAAACGAUACGCGUCGUGGAAACUGGUGACCGAUUCGGUGAAUAAGAAUAUGCUAUUCAAAGCGGUUCAGGAGUUGGUCAACUCGUCGAGACUCGUCAAGAAUGGAAGUGUGCACGUUGGAGCGCAUUUUCCCAUUUUUAGAGACAUCCAAUUCGCGUCGAUCGACCUCUUUGGAAGAGCAUUGCUUCGUGACGCUCUGGACUCUCAAUAUGAUUCGGAAUCCAAUAAAUUGCCGCCGAAAAUCAAAGAAAUCCUGCCACUACAAGAUCAUCCGUUGUCCCAUGUCACACGGGCGUGCCGAAAAGUCUUCAUGCCUCUAGACCUAUUUUAA